AGCAGCAGUCAAUCACUUCUCACUAAAAUAAGAAAUCAUCUCACAAGAAGAAGGAAUACUGUCUAUCAAGGAAAGGAAUCAUGAAGACUCUACUCUCACUCUUCUGUCUGGUUACUUACCUGACCUGUGCUCUGAGUGCUAAUAGCUGGCCAGUCUCUCUUGACAUGGCUUGUAAUAAAGCUCUUUCUGCAGUUGCUUGCUCUUUUGAGUUUACCAACAAUGCAAAUCAGGAUCUCUAUCUGCUAAAACGUAACACUCCUCUUGAAGGACUCAACUCUCAAUUCGUCUCUGUCUCUCUUGAUGGUCGCCCACUGGAAUAUGAAGGUAUUUAUGCUUACCGUCUCCCUCCUACAAAGGAUGAGUUUGUUCUCUUGAAGGCAGGUGAGAGUAUUUCUGCCUCAGUCCAAAUCACUGAUGCCUUUAACAUUGAUACUGAUGGUCUCUACACUGUACAAUACAGUAGACCUUUACAGUAUCUGUCAGUGAAUGAGAUGAGUGCAAUGUCUAUUGGUAAGCUCAGGGAAUCGAUUGUACGCAAAUCCGUUCAACUUUAUUUGGAUGGCACUCGUCUUCUCUUUAAACCACCCAGGCCAAACAAAAAACUAAACUCUAUCAAAACCCAAUCAUGCUCUACUGCUACAUUUCUCAAUGGUGAUAGGAAAAAUAAGGAAACACUAAAAGUUCAUCAAAAGUUAUGUGCUGGUACAGACACAGCUAAAGCUAAUGUGAAGUAUAAUGAAGAUUACAGGACAUGGUUUGGUCAAUACACUUGCUAUAGAGCAAAUAAAGUGAAAUACACGUAUUAUUUAGUGAAAGAUCUGCUACAGAGAAAUGAUAUUGAGUAUUAUAACAACGGGCCGAAAUGUGAAGCUAAUAUGAUUGCCUAUGCAAAUGUCUACUGGACUACCAUCUAUCUUUGUGACAAGUAUUAUGACUUGCCUGCUGACUGUGCUAGUACUGAAGCAACUAAAGAAAUGACUAUUUUGAGUUUCCUGGGCAAGAUUACAAAUCAUUGCAGCUUUCUUGCGGCAUCAGAUAACUCUCCAGUUACCGUGGAAAUUUCUAAAAUGAUAGCCAGCCUGGCUCCUGAUAUGGCCAUUGAGGCUUGUAGGAAUAUUGGAUACUUCUACUGUGACUCUCAGUAAUGGAGCUGAUGGGAUCAUUUACUAAAAGCCAAGAACUUUAGAACUCAUGCAACACUAUAGGACAUGCACAG